AUGGAAAAGCAUCUCAAGCUGUGGUCAACAACCAAGGCCCUGGUGCUAGCCAGACUUUUCUUUUGGAAGCACGGCCGGACGCUUCAGAAGAGCUUUCGCGGGCUGGUGCGAGGGCUUCUGCAUUCUAUUCUGUCUCGAUGGCUUGAGCCCAUACCUCUGCUGUUUCCCAGACAAUGGCAGGCUGCUUUGAGCGGGUUACGACCAGUAACCGAUGAUGAUCAUGAGGUGUUUGACGCAUUUCGCAAGUUGAGAGAAACGGACAACGAGUUUGAAGGGGACCGUGCCCAUAUGGUUGAGUCCCUGAAAGAUUGGAUCUCUUGCAGGUCAGCCGAUGUCAAGAUUUGUGUCGGCAGUCGAGAGGACAUUGACUUGCAGGAGGCCUUCAAAGCCGGCCCGAUGCUGCGGCUGCACGAAGUAAUUCACGAGGAUAUUCUAAGCUUUGUCCAGCACCGUUUGAGCUCGAGCGAGCUCUAUCCCAAGAUGGGGACAUCAGAUCAAAGGAAGCUCCUUGAGACGGAGAUUGCAUACAAAUCUGAGGGUGUUUUCCUCUGGGUCAAACUCACCGUCCAGAGAGUUGAGCACAGCAUUCUGAGUGGUGACGCCCUAGAAGAUCUGAGAAAGCGCCUUGGCUCGCUCCCCAACGAGUUGGAAGAUCUGUUUAGGACCAUAUCUGUCGCCAUCGAUCGGGAUGAGCCAAACUUAGCAUAUGUAACAAUCCUGAUGGCUCUCUAUUGCCCGGAGGAUUGGCCACUAUUUCGCUUUUCAUUUCUACCGUAG